AUGGGUAAUAUGUGGGAGCGUGAGGAUGGAGUGCAGCAGGCGCGGGAAGCGGCUCUGGCGGACAUUGAAAGGCUGGAGACAGGCGAGGCCUUCACGCUGCUGCGCCAGUCAACGGGAGGGGCGGCGGCGGCGGCGACCGCGGCGCCAACGGCGUCAGCCGCGGCUGCGCGGCCAAAGGUGCUGGCUACUGGGUCGGCCGGGAGCAGCGGCAGCAAGCAGGCGGCGGACUGA